AUGCCACCCCUUUCUGUGUGCGGCCCAAGUUGUCCCCCUGGUUCCAGGAAGGAAAAGAAGGAGGGGGAGCCAUUCUGCUGCUAUAAUUGUGCUCCAUGUCCUCAAGGCAAGAUUUCGACCCAGAAGGACAUGGUUGACUGUGUUGCGUGCCCAGAAGAUCAUUAUACCAACAUGAAACAAUCGCAAUGCAUUCCAAAGACCAUCAGCUUCCUGUCCUUUAAAGAGCCUCUGGGGAUGAGCUUAGCAUUGUUUGCUCUUUCUCUUUCUCUCCUCACAGUGGUGGUCCUAGCCAUCUUCAUUAAACAUCAGGACACACCCAUUGUCAGAGCAAACAAUCGGGACCUCACCUACACUCUCCUCACUUCCCUCCUGCUCUGCUUCCUCUGCCCAUUGAUCUUCCUCAGCCCUCCAGAAAGAGUGAGCUGCCUGCUCCGACAAAUGGCUUUUGGCCUUGUUUUCACAGUGACUGUUUCUUGUGUUCUGGCCAAAACGAUCACGGUGGUUCUGGCCUUUGUGGCCACCAAACCAGGAUCCCGAAUGAGGAAGUGGGUGGGGAAAAGACUUGGAAGCGCCAUUGUGUUUUCUUGUUCCCUUAUCCAAGUGGGCAUUUGUGCUGUGUGGUUAGGAACCUCUCCCCCAUUUCCUGAUUCUGACAUGCACUCAAUGAUGAGGGAAAUCAUUCUAGGCUGCAACGAAGGGUCAGUUGCCCUGUUUUACUGUGUCCUGGCCUACAUGGGUUUUUUGGCCAUUAUCAGCUUUGUUGUAGCAUUUUUAGCCCGAAAACUGCCUGAGAGCUUCAAUGAGGCCAAAUUCAUCACCUUCAGCAUGUUCUUGUUUUGUAGUGUUUGGAUCUCCUUUGUUCCAGUGUACCUGAGCACCAAGGGGAAAUACAUGGUGGCUGUGGAGAUCUUCUCCAUCUUGGCUUCCAGUGCUGGCUUACUGGGCUCCAUCUUUGCUCCCAAAUGCUACAUCAUUGUGUUGAGGCCUGAUCUGAACAGCAAGGAUCAGUUAAUAAAGAGGAAAUAAUA